AUGAAUAAGUGGCUGGUCCACAUAGGGGAGGAUAGACUACUACAGGUAUCAGUUACUCCAUUAACUCAAGUGGUAGAAGUCUGUACAGUGGAUGUAAAAGUCCCAGAUGUGCUGAUGACCCACGAGGAGGGUCAGUGUGGUUAUAGAUGUGUGUACCAGGGGUAUGGUGGCAUCUUCACAUCCAGCCAGGGCGGGGGCUUGGUGGGCCCCAAACAGAAGCAGCCCAAGUGGAAGCAAAGCAAAGGCAGCAGCAGCCCUUCCCUGGGCGUUCCCACCACUCCCUCCACAGCAGCUGCCCCGGAGCCCGCUGACUACCUGGAUAGCUACAUGUGGGCGCAGCUCAAGGCGCUGCUGUCCCAAGUGAGCCUGGGCCUCACCCCGCGGCUCCGCAAGGCCAACGCCAAGGAGGUGGGGGUGCAGGUGAACCCGCGGGUGGAUGCCUCGGUGCAGUGCUCGAUGGGGCUCUGAACGCUGCAGGGCAGCCGCCCGCAGAGCCCCUCAGCCCACUUCAGCCGGGCGGGCCCAGCCAUCUGCUUGCCCGGGUUGGACCGGCACCUCUUCACCCUGCCCGAGGCGGCCAGGCCUCAGGUGGUGCCGCCCACUGCCCCGGAGAGGAAGGAGGGAGCCGACGGGGAGUAGGUGGCGCUGCAGCCAGAGGAAGAGCCUGGCGAGAGGAGCCAGAGAGUGGACACCGCCCCUGCCCAGCAGUCGCAGCCUGAGGAGGAGAAGGGAGCCGCCGCGGGGACAAGAUCCGCCUUCCAGUUCUUGGAACAGAAGUAUGGCUAUUUUCAUUGUAAAGACUGCAAAACCAGAUGGGAGAGUGCAUAUGUGUGGUGCAUUUCUGGAAGUAACAAGGUUUACUUUAAACAACUCUGUCGCAAAUGCCAAAAGGACUUCAAUCCUUAUCGAGUGGAAGCAAUCCAGUGCCAGACUUGCUCAAAGACUCGUUGCUCCUGCCCCCAGAAGAAAAGACACAUUGACCUCAAGAGACCCCACCGCCAAGAGCUGUGUGGUCGCUGUAAAGGCAAGAGUAAAGUGUUAUUCUGUGACAACACUUACAGUUUUAAGUACAUUGUUUGA